AUGCGCCGCGCUACCGUUAUCGCUACCAAGUCCGCCGCCAGCCCCGCUGCCGUCGCCGUUCAGGCCCGCGCCCUGGCCCAGAGCCAGCGCCUCUACGCCACCGCGAGCUUGAAGGACAAGUUCAGCGAGAUCGUCCCCAAGGAGCAGGCUCGCGUCAAGAAGCUCAAGACCGAGCAUGGCGAUCUUCCUCUCGGUCAGGUCACGCUCAGCAUGCUGCCCGACAAGACGAUCUGGCUACUUGAUUCGAUUUUAACGAUUUCUCCCUUCUGUCAGGCCUACGGAGGUAUGCGCGGCAUCAAGGGUCUCGUCACUGAGACCUCCCUUCUUGACCCUGAGGAGGGUAUCCGCUUCAGGGGCUACUCGAUCCCCGAGUGCCAGGCCAAGCUGCCCAAGGCCAAGGACGGCAAGCAGCCGCUCCCCGAGGCCCUCUUGUGGCUCCUCCUCACCAGCGAGAUCCCGACCGAGGAGCAGACGCAGAACCUCGUCCACGAGAUCAGCGAGCGCUCGAAGAAGUUCCCCGCUCACGUCUCGCACAUCCUCAAGAACCUGCCCACCACCAUGCACCCCAUGACCCAGUUCACCAUCGGUGUCAACGCCCUCCAGACCGAGAGCCAGUUCGCCAAGGCUUACCUCGAGGGCGUCAACAAGGCCAAGUACUGGGAGUACGCCUACGAGGACAUGCUCAACCUCAUCUCCUUCCUGCCCAGGACCGCCGCUGAGAUCUACCGCAACGUCUACCACGGCGGCAAGCUCAUCCCCUCCGACCCCAAGCUCGACAUGGGUGCUGACUACGCUCACCAGCUCGGCUUCGAGAACAAGGAGUUCGUCGACCUCAUGCGCCUCUACCUCGUCCUCCACUCGGACCACGAGGGCGGCAACGUCUCUGCCCACACCACCCACCUCGUCGGCAGCGCCCUCUCCGACCCCUACCUCUCCUUCUCCGCCGGCCUCAACGGUCUCGCCGGUCCCCUCCACGGUCUUGCCAACCAGGAGGUCCUCAGGUUCAUCCUCAAGCUGAGGGAGAAGUUCGGCGGCCGCGAGGUCACCGACGAGGAGCUCAAGAAGGCCCUCUGGGAUCUCCUCAACUCUGGCCAGGUCAUCCCUGGCUUCGGUCACGCUGUGCUCAGGAAGACCGAUCCUCGCUUCACCGCUCAGGCCGAGUUCGCCUCUGAGUACCUGCCCAACGAUCCCCUCGUCAAGCUCGUCAAGCAGCUCUACGCCGUCGUGCCCCCCGUGCUCACUGAGCAGGGCAAGACCAAGAACCCGUGGCCCAACGUGGACGCUCACAGCGGUGUGCUCCUCCAGUACUACGGCCUGAAGGAGGAGAACUACUACACCGUCCUCUUCGGCGUGUCGCGCGCCCUCGGCGUUCUGCCCAGCUUGGUGCUCGACCGCGCCCUCGGUCUCCCCAUCGAGAGGCCCAAGUCCGUCACCACCGAGUGGCUCGAGAAGGAGGCCAAGAAGCACGCCGCCGCCGCCCCCAAGCACUAA